CGCGGGGUGAGACUCGGCGGCGCGGGCGUCCCCCGGGCCCAGGCGAUGGAAGGCGCGGGCAUAGGCGGCUCCGAGUGGCCAGGGCGGUGGGCAGUGCCCAGUCUCCUCCCUCUGGCUGGCUGCAGGCCCGCAGCCCUAGUGUCUCAGCCGCCGCCGCCAUGGCCUCACAGCAGCUCUUCCGCGCGCUGGUGUCGGCGCAGUGGGUGGCGGAGGCGCUGCGGGCCGUGCGCGCCGGGCAGCCCCCGCAGGUGCAGCCGCUGCAGCUGCUCGACGCCUCCUGGUACCUGCCCAAGCUGGGCCGCGACGCGCGCCGCGAGUUCGAGGAGCGGCACAUCCCGGGGGCGGCCUUUUUUGACAUCGACCAGUGCAGCGACCGCACCUCGCCCUACGACCACAUGCUGCCCAGCGCCGCACACUUCGCGGAGUACGUGGGCCACCUGGGCGUGGGCGCCGACACCCACGUGGUGGUUUACGACGCCAGCGACCAGGGCCUGUACUCGGCGCCGCGCGUCUGGUGGAUGUUCCGCGCGUUUGGCCACCGCACCGUGUCUCUGCUGGACGGCGGGCUCCGCAACUGGCUGCGCCAGGGCCUCCCGCUGAGCUCGGGCAAGAGCCGCCCCGCGUCCGCCGAGUUCCGGGCCACACUGGACCCCACCUUUGUCAAGACCUACGAGGACAUCAAGGAGAACCUGGAGUCCCGGCGCUUCCAGGUGGUGGACGCCCGAGCCGCCGGCCGCUUCCAGGGCACUGAGCCGGAGCCCCGAGACGGCAUCGAGCCUGGCCACAUCCCCGGCACCGUGAACAUCCCCUUCACAGACUUCAUGACCAAGGAGGGCCUGGAGAAGACGCCCGAGGAGAUCCGCCGCAUGUUCCAGGACAAGAAGGUGGACCUGUCCCAGCCUCUGGUGGCCACGUGUGGCUCCGGCGUCACAGCCUGCCAUGUGGCAUUGGGGGCCUACCUCUGCGGCAAGCCCGACGUGGCCAUCUACGACGGCUCCUGGGUGGAGUGGUACAUGCGGGCCCAGCCCGAGGAGGUCAUCUCCGAGGGCCGGGGGAAGACCCGCUGAGAUGGGCGGGAUGUGACACAGGAAGCUCCGGUGACGCCGGCCACCAGCUGUGCCCAGCCUGCUUGUUCUCAAGCUGUUUUCACCAGAAGAGCAUUUCUUCUUCCAACUCAGGCGGCACAGGGGGUGACAUCCCAGAGGCCAGGAGUUCUUUUGACUUGUGGGCUCCCAGGAGAGACGGUGGAGGAGGUGGUGGUGGGCACGGGGGAAGGGGAGCCACCCACAUGGUACUGAGCUGGGCCCCACCUCCCUUCUGUUUCACUUUUAAGGAAAUAAAACAGCCAAGUGCUAAGUGCUUCUAA